CUUGAGAACAUGGAAAGAAACAGCUGAGACGGAGCUAGUUAGACAAAGCUCGGCCUCCCUCAGAUUAUGAUUGUGCUAUCAAAAUACUGCUUAAAUGCUCGUUGAAGAACAAGCUUAUGAUUUUAUGGAAUAUACUUUUUAUGACGAGCUACUUCGAAGUAAGCUAACCUAUGUGACACCGGCCCUGCCAGCGUAAACUUUAGCAGCUAGCUAGCUACCUUCCACACUCACAUAUCACACUCCCAAAGCAAGACUGCAGAGCGGAAAAAUCCAUGGAUAGAAAAUGACAUCCGAUUCUGAUUGGAUGUUAGAUGUCGGGUUUACAGAUCGCUUGGCCAAUGUAAGGCUAAUAAUCGCGGCGUACCAGCGUGCGGUUCCAUCCGCCAAUUUCUCAGAAGCUCACACGGAGGCAACGAAGUUAGAAAAUAGCGCGUUCAGCCAGGCGGCAAGUAAAGAGCAAUACCAAUCCGAAUGCCAAAAGGCCAUCGACGACCUGGAUGAUCGAGAGCAGCCAGCUCUCGUUAUGAGUGUGCCUGACGUCAUUGACAAUGGAAAUGGAAAUGAAGGUGUCAUUGUCAAUGAAGGGUCUAAUACAGACGCAGCUCCUGCCUCCUGCGGGAAAAGAAUCGGCCGCUAUGAGAACGCCAUAUACCACCAAGAAGGCAUAUUCUCCACGGUAUAUAAAGCGAAAAACGACGGCGGAGCAACGGUGGCCCUAAAGCUGACAACGCCGCAUAUAAUGUCGCCGCCGCACGAUUCAAAACGCGAAGCGCGGAUCCUCAGCGCCCUCUCAAACCCCAACGUCAUCCCUUUACUCGACACCUUCACCCAACCGGACGGCCACUUCAUUCUCGUCUUCCCGUUCAUACCACUGCACUUUGACGACCUCAUGCACCGAAGGGUGCUCUCGACGCAUCAAAUAAGGCUACAUCUGCGCGAUCUAUUUCGGGCGCUCGCAUACGUGCACGCGCAGGGGAUCAUCCAUCGGGACGUCAAGCCGUCGAACAUCCUCCUACGCAACUCCAACGGCCCGGCAUAUCUGGCCGAUUUUGGGAUCGCCUGGUCGCCUACCGAUAAGGACUCGGAAGCCGCGGAUAAGAAAAUCACGGAUGUAGGAACGGCAUGCUACCGGCCUCCUGAGAUUCUGUUUGGGGAUAAACGGUAUGGUACCAGUCUGGACCUUUGGGCGGCUGGCUGCGUGGUUGCAGAGGCGGUGGAUAUAGACCACAGGCAUCUGUUUGACGCGGGGGAGCUGGGGAGUGAAUUGGCGUUGGUGCAGUCCAUUUUUGUUAAGUUGGGGACACCGAAUGCUGAAUCGUGGCCUUCGAACAAGGACCUCCCAGACUGGGGCAAGAUACAGUUUAAAGAGUAUCCGGCGAAACCCUGGGCGGAGAUACUCAACGGCGCGUCAUCCAACGGGCGCGAUCUGGUCAGUAAACUCGUGCGCUAUGAGAGUGGCGAGAGGCUGUCGGCUGCUGAGGCUCUAGCGCAUCCGUAUUUGAACUUCGUGACAGAGCAGAGAUCAAUCAAGCAGUGAUAGAAAUGAGGUCAGAGGAAAGAAAGCGCGAAAUGGCUCUUAUACCAAAGGUGGGAAUGGACGAAGACCAUCACCACACAUUACGCCUGUACAUGAGGGAGCUUUGCGGACGUCACUCCAGUUUUUGAUGGAAACCAUAUUUUCCGUGUCCUCCAUUUCAUCCAGCUUUCCUUCCUCCUUUCUACAUAACAUACUUCUUCUAUCGAUCUAUUCGAAUCUAAUAUCUCGGAGUUUAAAGGAAGAAAUAAAUAGAGAAUAAGAAUAAGAUGAAAAUUUCGAAUUACACAGGGGCGUUAUCGGCAACCCCCAAUGUUGGGUUUAGCGCGCGUCCGUCGUAGUGGUUUAGCGUCACCCUGAUCAGGUAUGGCUUCCCGCGCUAUCCCACAACAGGAACUGCCGCACGUCUCCGCCUUCACAGACCCCCUUCAACCAUAUAAUCCUGCUGGUGCAUCGCUUGACAACAUCUCCUUCCCAUGUCCUGCGCUCCUCGUCAAUUCGGUCCCCUAAGGUCGGACGCCACCACUCCGGCCUCUUGCCCUCUCAGAGAUGACUGUUCACAAAAUGAGUGCUUCGCCCCCUUCUAUCCCCACUCAUGCUACUACGAUGGGACACUAGCAUCCAUCAACAUGGUUAACAUCGCGAGCGUAAAUCACUGAUCUUCCUGGAGAGUGCAAGGUGACCAGUGGCAUGUCCUCGCCUGCCUGGAUGGCCCGCCCCGAAAUUGUCUACUGUGGCGUUGGCGGUUGUCUACAUCUGCCUCAUUUCAAUCCUUCAAGGCAUUCUUUCAUUCAAGAGGUCCGCACAGGGGCCUAUGGCUCAUUUCCAAGUCAAGGAUGAUGACAUGUUGAUGAGCAUGCACUCACUCAGCACAAUGUGAAUAUCAGUAGCAGAAUUCUCUCAUGUUCUAUUUCUGUCUAAAGACUCACACAGAU